AUGCGGUGGUGUCUUUCUCUUCUGCUGUUCUGCUUCUUGGCUGUUGUCAAUGCCUUGAGCAGUGCGGGAAAUCGCCUUUUGGUUGUUCUGGAAGAUGCAGCAGAGCAGGAGUUGUAUUCCACAUUCUGGACAGACUUAGAAGCCAGAGGAUACAGUCUUACUUUCGAAUCGCCCAAGAGUGACAAGCUCUCUCUGUUCCAGCAUGGCGACAGAGCUUACGACCACCUCCUUCUCCUUCCCCCCAAGUCGAAAGGAUUUGGUCCAUCUCUCAGCCCCAAGAACAUCAUUGACUUCAUGAACAAGGACGGCAACGUCCUCCUCACCCUCUCCGGGAAAUCCACAACUCCCAGCGCCAUCAGCUCGCUUUUGAUCGAGCUUGAUCUUCACUUGGCCACUGACCGUUCCUCCGUUGUCGUCGACCACUUCAACUAUGACACUCUUUCGGCAACCGAGAAGCACAACGUCCUCCUUGUCCAGCGCCCCGGUCCAUUGAGACCCGACACCAAGGCUUACUUUAGUGGUGAGGGCGUCCUAGCUCUCCCUAAUGCUGCCCCUCACACCCUGGGUGCCUCGAACCCUCUUCUCGCGCCUAUCCUCCGCGCUCCGGUGACUGCCUACAGCUACAACCCCAAGGAGUCGACCAACGCGGUCGAGGAUGUUUUGGCUACUGGCUCUCAGCUCGGCCUCGUCUCGGCCAUGCAAGCUAGAAACUCGGCUCGCUUCACCCUUCUGGGCUCUGUCGAAAGUUUGCAGGACAAGUGGUUCUCUGCUAGCGUCAAGGUACCCAACGGAAAGGAGACCACCACUGUCAACCAGGCUUUUGCCCAGCAAUUGACUUCGUGGACCUUCAAGGAGACUGGAGUUUUAAAGGUUGGAAAGAUUGAGCACCAUCUGGCCGGAAAGGGUGAAACCGAACUAAACCCCACUCUCUACCGUAUCAAGAACGAGACUGUUUUCGAAAUCGAGAUUUCUGAAUACAAGAACGACCACUAUGUGCCUUUCGAGGUUCCAGCUGAAGAUGACCUCCAGCUCGAGUUCACCAUGCUCUCUCCCUUCCACCGUCUUAACCUGCAACCUGUCCGCCGAACCGAAAACAGCACCGUGUUCAGCACGAGCUUCGUCGUUCCAGACCAGCACGGAAUCUUCUCUUUCCGUGUCAACUACAAGCGCCCAUUCCUCACCAACAUCGAGGAGAAGCACGAGGUUACCGUCCGUCAUUAUGCUCACGAUGAGUAUCCCCGCAGCUGGAAGAUUACCGGUGGAUGGGUCUGGAUUGCCGGUCUCUGGUCUGUCAUUGCCGGAUUCCUUGCUUUUGUCUUCGUGUGGCUCUACGCCGAGCCGCCUUCAGCUGCUGCGUCCAAGAAUAAGAAGACGCAGUAA